GAACCGUUUGUGUCUUCUGGGACUAUCAAGUAGUGGCAGUCGUAUCUCGCGAGAGAACUAAACAAGCAGCUCUAUGUUUCUUCUUCUUACUGUCAGGUUGCAGCCACGUCUUGAAAGCUUCAUACCGCUACCUACCAUACUGUAGACUUUAGUGCGGGCCAUAGGACGAGAAAGUGGCGUGUGUUCAAAUCUAUGAGGUCUGUGAUGUUUCUCUCGCGAGAUCUGACAUCGUCGCGCGGGAACAAAACAGGAAGAUGAUACAGCAAAAUGGCGUUUGAUGAAGACGUUAUUAUAUUCAUUAUAAUUUUAUGUUCAUAAUCUGUGCGUACUUGUACCUAUUUGUCGUGUAUAAUAGAGUAAACAGCGUAAAUAAUUGUUGACAUGCGGAUACAUUAGUCCGAGCGCACUUUUGACGCUUCUCGUGCUAGUUUAGCGUGCUAGUUAGCUUAGCUUGUUAGCCGCUAACAAAGAGACGCAGAAGUGAUCAACACGUCGCUAAGCAGAGAUCAAGUUUAAGUGUAAAGUGUUGGGAUUGUGUGAAAAUGUGCGAAAGAACGACAGCAGAGUACGAGGAGGAACUUUCUCCAACAAAAGAGGAGAAGGAGCGACAACAUCAACUACUGGACGCAGUUUUCAAGGAACAUCAAGUUGUGUCACACAGAACAGAUGUCUGUAAAGAACAUCUUCUCCAUAAGCAGCAGAAGUGGACCUGCCGGAUGGAGCAGGGAAAACCACAACCCCGCCACUUUAAAGAGGAGGAGGGGGAGUCACAGCCUCCUCACAUUAAAGAGGAAGAGGAGGAAUACUGCAUCAGUCAAGAAGGAGAGAAUAAUGGACUGGAGGAGGUUGAUGUCACCAAGAUGCCAUUGACUGAUGUCACUGUGAAGAGUGACGGUGAGGUCAAAAGUGAAAGUAAGGAAAAGAGUGAGGUGGAACCUUCAAGCAGCAGCUCAAUUCAACACAUGAAAAUAGAAGCUGACGAAGACCACUGUGGAGGAUCACAAGCAGACAAGCUCUUAGCUCCACUGUCAGAUAGUGAGGACACAACGUCACACUCUCCUGACACUGAUGAUGACAUGUCAUGUCACGCUGACAUCACACACUAUAAAUGCUCUCACUGUGGCAAAACUUUCAAAUAUCAUUGUCAUUUAAAAAUACACAUCAGAACACACACCGGUGAAAAACCAUUCACGUGCUCAAUUUGUAGUAAGAGGUUCUCCCGGAAAGAAAAUAUGAAAAUUCACAUAAGAACACACACUGGUGAAAAACCUUAUUCCUGUUCAAGUUGCAACAAAAGCUUUGGAUUAAAGGCGACACUUCUACUCCACAUGAGAACGCACACCGGUGAAAAACCGUACGUGUGCUCAAUUUGUGGUAAAAGAUUCUCUCAAAAGCAUUAUUUGAAAGCACACACAAGAAAAAGCACUGCUGAAAAAACGUUUUCAUCUUCAACCCACGGUGAAGAUCAUGCACAAAAGACUGAUUUGAAACCAUAUAUGACUCCACAAACUGAAGACAAACCAUUCAUGUGCAUAAUUUGUAAGAAAAGAUUCUCCCGAAAGCAACAGUUGCAAAUUCACCUAAGAACACACACCGGUGAAAAACCAUAUUCCUGUUCCAACUGCUGGAAAAGCUUUGGAGAAAAAGCCAAACUCAUAUUACAUAUGAGAACGCACACUGGUGAAAAACCAUAUUCCUGUUCAUGCUGCAACAAAAGCUUUGCUUACCGAUCGGCGCUUGUAAAACACAUGAAUCAACGCACCGGUAAAAAACCUGUUAUCUGUUCGGUCUGCGGUAAAGGUUUUGUACAAAGUGAAUAUUUGAAAGAACACAUGGAAAUGCACGCUGAGAAAGUGUUGAGCUGCAGUGCUUGUGGUGAAAUAUUCCCUUGUAAAUAUCAAUGUAACAAACACAAGUGUGCUGGUCAGAACAGCAGCAGCAAAUGAAGCUGAAGGAUUUUGAGAAAA